AGUUGACGGCGGGCGGCGGGUCGCGCGCGCGGGCUGCUCUGCUCUGGUCUGGUCUGGUCUUGGGAGCGAGGCGGGGGAGUGACUGGCGGGUGAAGAUGGUGAAGCUCACGGCCGAGCUGAUCGAGCAGGUGGCGCAGUACACGAACCCCGUGCGGGACCGGGAGCUGGACCUGAGAGGAUACAAAAUACCUGUUAUUGAAAACUUGGGAGCAACCUUGGACCAAUUUGAUACAAUUGAUUUCUCGGACAAUGAAAUUCGGAAGUUAGACGGUUUUCCUUUACUGAAAAGGCUUAAAACACUGUUGGUGAAUAAUAAUCGAUUAUGUCGGAUAGGUGAAGGCCUUGAACAAUCUUUACCAAGCCUACAAGAGUUAAUAUUGACAAACAACAACCUUCAAGAACUGGGUGAUCUGGACCCACUUGGAACAAUCAAGUCUUUGACUUUCGUGAGUCUCCUUAGAAAUCCUGUUACAAGCAAGAAACAUUACAGGUUAUAUGUCAUACAGAAAGCUCCACAUAUCCGAGUCCUAGACUUCCAAAAGGUGAAACUAAAGGAACGUCAGGAAGCGGAGCGAAUGUUCAAAGGCAAAAGAGGUGCUCAGCUUGCAAAGGAUAUUACCAAGAAAACAAAGACUUUCACUCCAGGUGCAGGAUUACCCGGCGAUAAAAAGAAAACGGGUCCUUCCCCAGCAGAAGUGGAAGCAAUUAAGACUGCUAUUGCUAAUGCUUCAACCCUGGCUGAGGUGGAAAGAUUAAAGGGCAUGCUGCAAGCUGGACAGAUCCCAGGCAGGGAAAAGAAAGCUGGUCCUUCAGAUGAGGUUGAAGAGGAGGAAAUGGAGGAAGAUCCUGUUGUCAAUGGCUCUUAAUGUCCAAACUUUGUAUCAGUUUUAAAGUUCGAGAGCCCUUUGUUUCACCAGCUUCAAUACAGCUAGAACUU